CAGUAUUGUGUGUGUGUGUGUGUGUGUGCGUGUGUGCGUGUGUGUGUGUGUGUGCGUGCGUGUCUGUAUGCCUGUGUGUGUGUGUGUUGUGCAGCUCCAGAACCAGGAUAGUGUGAAGACGCUGCUGAAAAGAACGGAGAAGGAGCUGAACGUACGUGUGAGUGACGCUCUGCGGAAGCAGGAGGACCCUCUGCAGCGACAGCGCCUCCUGGUGGAAGAGGAGAGACUCAAGUACCUCAACGAGGAGGAGUUUAUCAUCCAGCAGCUCCAUGACCUGGAGAAGUCAGUGGAGGAUAUCCAGAAGGGUUCGUCUGUCAAUCACAAACUGGUGACGGUUCAGGAGCUGGAGGAGAAGGCCUCGCUUCUGAGGAAACUAGGAGAGACACUCACAGAGCUCAAGAACCAGUUCCCCAGUCUGCAGAGUAAGAUGCGGGUGGUGUUGAGGGUGGAGGUGGAAGCUGUCAAGUUCCUGAAGGAGGAGCCACACAGACUGGACGCCCUGCUGAAACGCUGCAAGAGUGUCACUGACACACUGACCACUAUGCGCAGGCAAGUGAACGAGGGCGUAUGGAAGAAGCAGGAGGACUUCCCCAAGCACAGCAGUGAGGACUUCCGUAAGAGUUCUGACUUUGACAUGCCCACCAGCCCCCCUCUCAACCUCAGUGACCUGAGGGGCAGCAGCAGCCUGUCAAACUGGAGCCCCCACUCCAGCCACAGCCAUAGUCACAGUCACGGUCAUGCACACAGCCACCCAUCCUCUGGCCCUCACAGGGACAAUCAUCCCCCUGUGCCUCACAAGGGCCGGGCCCUGGAAGAGCUGGCCAACCGCGCAGCCGCUGAUAAGGCUGUGUCUGUGGAGGUUCGACUGGCAGCGGAGCGGGACUGGGAGGAGAAGCGGGCCAGUCUGACCCAGUACAGUGCUCAAGACAUCAACCGUCUGCUGGAGGAGACCCAGGCUGAGCUGAUGAAGGCCAUCCCAGACUUGGACUUUGCCGCCAAGCAGAUCAACAAGCCCUCCUCCAACACACCCUCCCAGUCUCAGACCCCCCAGAGUGGGGGAGGGACCCCAGAGCACCGCCCUACCAAGCCCCAGCAUGUCGCACACAAGCUCUCGGGGAAGGAACCUGGCUCCAGACGUGGUUCUGAUGCAGAGCAGCUGACAGUGACUCGCUAUCGUACAGAGAAGCCCUCGAAGUCGCCCCCUCCCCCACCACCUCGACGCAGCUUCCCAUCAUCCCCGGCUGGCCUGAUCACCCGCAGCGGAGAGAUCCUUAUCCCCGGCAAGAGCAUGAAGUCGGAGGCAGAGGAGGCAGAAGCACAGAAGCCCCAUGUGAAGCUGCGACGGACGGUGUCUGAAAACCCGCGUCCUGCGUCCACCCCUCCCACCAUCGCCUCUGGAGACAAGGAGGAGGGAGAGGAGGACAAUAUUGCUGCUGAACUGGAGCUGUUUCAGAGAGCCCCCCUCAGGCUCAGCCACCCCCCUCCCCUGUCCCUGCCCAGUGCCCCCCGCAGCAGGACCAGCGUGCCCCCCUCCAGCCUCGACCUAUGGCCCCCAGGGGCCCCAUGCACCAAGCUGUCUAGAGCAUCGUUGGACUGCUCUGGCCUACAGUGGAAGCAGGGCAGCUCAGAAUGCACUGCCAGCAUACUGGCAUCACACUCACAGGCACAGAGCAUGGCCCUUCCUGGUUCGUCCUUCUCUCCUGUCCCCCGGAUUGUGCUGACAGAGUGUGUGUCAGUUUCACCCUCUCCCUCAGAAGGCUUUGUCAGAGACUUGACACAGGACCAUCAGAUGUCCCCAACAGUGGGCCAGUCCCAGAGUAAGACUGCUCCUCCCCAGACAGUCCCCAAGAUGCAGCAGGUCUCUAAGGGGAAGGAUCCCGUCAGCCAGCCCCAGAGGAAGCCCUCUCGACGGGGGGAGCUGAGAAUCCUGGAGUCCUUUGAGAAGAAGGAAGAGAGGGAAGAGAGAGAAGAGCUGUCCUUGGUGCUGACUGAGCUGGGGGUGAUGGUGAUGUCACCCUCGGAGGCCCAGAAGCUCAGCAGGACCUGGGGAGAGGCUCUACAGACACUGACCAUCCCACCUCAGCCUUCAGAGGGAAGCACUGAAACCCGUCUGUGUGGGGCUCCACUACUGGUACUCUUCAGGGAGACUGUGACGGUCAGAGAGGCCUACAGGAAGCUGCAGUUACUGCUGGGCAGGGAGGAGGACACAGGGUCAUCCAAGGUGGUCCCCAAGCCCAGAGCACGAUCUUCUCACAGCAGCCUGAGCAGCAGCCCCAGUACCCUGGGUUCCAAGAUAACUCUUUCCCCUGAGCAGCAGGACUCCCUGAGAGAGGCUCUGAGGAGAGGGGUGGAGACAGGGGCCAGGAACCUGACACUCCCUCACAGCACUGGAACAAAGAGCAUUCUAGCCACCCUUCCGGAGCCCAGUCAGGACUCUGCAGAAGCAGCAGUGAAACCCAAAGGGUCUGCAGGGUGUGAGGAGAGCCAGGCCAGGGAAGAACAGGGUCUGAACCCCUGGAACCAAGGAGAGGACAUUAGGAGCAGCACCUACAGGAGGCUGGACAGCCUGGAUGAAACCAUCCGCGAGCUGGAGAACACCCUGCUGGAGCUCAGUGGCCACCCCACCACAGUGCACCUCUCCCCCCCCACACCCCCCACUGACACUGCCUUGCCAGAGGCUCCAGACCCAGCCCAGACGCCUGGCACCAGCACCCCAGAGACCAAGAAGCCCCCAGUCCCACCCAAGCCCAAACCCUGCUACACUCCUGCCACAAUGACCAAGGGAGGCAACAGCUCUUCAGCUGUGGGUAAAGUCCACUCCUCGGCUGCCUCCAGACUGAAGCACCUGCAGCAGAGCAGCACAGAGAAGACCAAAACUGGCAAGAGGGAAGACUUCCUCAAGGGCCAGCAGCAGGCCCAUGGGAACAGCAGCAGCAGUAUUGAGCCCCUCCUGUCAGGCACCAAAGCUGCCAGUUUCUCCGGCCGCCUGUCCUCCUCCAGUUCGGCCUCGACUGUGUUCGCACCGGGUCUGAGGAAGUAUCCCCAGGAGGGGGCGCUGUCUUCCCUGACAGCCUCCUCCAGCCAGGCCAAAGCCCUGCUGGCCAGCCUGUCAGCCUCCAGCCUGAGCGCCGAGGCCCUGCUCCUCUCCUCCACCUUCCGCCAACACCGCCUCCUCCGCGAGCAGCAGCGCGCCUCCUCCCUGCCCCUGCCCAACGGCCGCUCCUCCAACUCCACCACCACCUCAACCACCACCUCCUCUUCCUCCUCCUCCACCUCCCCCACCUCCACCACCUCCACCCCCUCCUCCUCGCCCUCCUCCCCGACCGCCCUGACCUCCCUCAACCUCUCCUCCGUGGGGCUCAAGCCCAGCGGCCGCAGCCUGCAGUACUCCGGCUCCAACAGCUACAAGGAGCGUGGCAGCAAGACCCUGCCCAAGCCUGUCUCCCUUAGCAACUCACAGUGAAGUACAAGAGGAUGGAUGAGAGGAGGAAGAGGAGGAGGAGCGCAAUCAAAGCACCAUCACAUGCCAAAAAAUGAAGAGGAAAACAAGCACACUAGCCCCGCCCUCAAUGCCAAGAGUUAUAUGCAGCAACACAUAUCAGUGGGGAGUUCCCCAGAGUUGACUUUCUGAGUGUCACUUUGCUGCCCUUGGUCUCAGUCCAGCAGCCAGAAUCUUCACAUAUCUAUAAUUAUAUAGUACAAGAGUUGAUGGUGGUUCCUCUCUGGCUCUUCCACUCAGUAGUACUGACAGUUCCCAAGACCCCCAAAGAGCGAGCUCAAAGAUGGGCCUCGGCCUCCUCUCCCUCCCACCGCCUAGUCUGGUCUGGUCCGGUCUGAUCUGGUCUGGGUGGACAGAAAAACAGUGCCAGUCCUUUAUGAACCCUCAGUUUGUCAUCACACCAUUUGCCAAAUCUUACUGGAUGGAACCUAAGUGGAGUAGAUGUGAUAUCUAGACUGUGACUUAUAUUAUACAGAGUAGAAUUGCAAUAAUCAACGAGUACAGUGCAGUAGUCGUGUGUGUUCAGAGUUAUAGCAGUCGUAUUCCAUCACCUGGCACAAUGUGAAUCUGUAGAGACAAACAAAGCUAAACCAACAUGGUGGUUUCCAUUCUGAGACAGUUUUCUGUUUGUUCCUUUCUUUAUUUCAGACUUAUUGCAUCGCCUGUGUAGAAGUCGUAACUGGUGCUAUAGUUCUCCCUGUUUUGUAAAGAGUUUACAUGAAUGAAACGGCUCCCAUUCAAUGUGACUGUACAUUCCACUGUUUAUCUAAUGCUACACCCCUGGAGUGGCUUAAGGCUUCUUCUCUCCGGCAUCUGAUGCCAUUCUUACCCUCGUUCUCUAUGGCCCCACUAUUAGCACCGAUUGGCAAUGGAAGAAAAGGCCAGGGAGCUGCUUUUGUUCAAGUCCUCUGGUUUGAGAGUCUGCGCACAAGUUUAUCGCCCUACAAUAGCACAGUAUAGGAACAGUAAUGUGAUAUUACAGUGGAUCAGUUCUUUAACGACUGAGCUGGUACAUGAAGAAGUGGGGAAAAAGGAAAACAAAAGUAGAUUUAAACAUUGAAACUGAUCGUUAAAGAAUGUCGAAUGUUCUAUGACAAUCAGGACGUAUCCACAGUUGAAGGGUUUGGCCUUGGACUGGCGUUCCCUGCUGCAGUGAUUGCACUCUGAACUCAACACACGCUCACGUGACCAGGCACAGGCAUACAGCAGUAGAUGCGCGCACGGUCUCCGACACGCCAGUGAGACGGAGAUCCACCAAACUGUUUAUGAAAAGCACAGUCUCCAGUUGUUUUGAGUCAAAACUGUUGACUAGAUUGCCCAUUUCUUUAUUUCAUGACUGUAGAACCACUGGUCAUGAAUUAACCCACGCCGGUUUGAUAAUGCAGUCCUUUAGGUAGUAAUCGAUUUGAAUGGUUAAAAGGAACAGAAUGUUCGAGAGAGAGAAACAACGGCAAAAAUGAAUUCCCUUCUGAAAGGACCAGAGAUGUGGACCAGCUGAUGAUUAUUUAGCUGAUUAUUUACAAGACAUGCUGCACAAUGAGUUUCAUUUGGGCCUGUGUGUAUUUUCAAUAUUUGCUCUAGAUAAAACCCACAAUGAGUUUAUCUGGACCUCACCUGACAUAGAAUCGGGGUUAGCCCACAGCUGUUGGUUGUGCAGUAGUAAGGUUGCCACUGGAUAUGGCUGCUUGUGUUCUGUGAUAUAUGUUAUGGAGAAUCAUUUGGUUCAUGUACAACGGCACCUUAAACCCGAGUGCUUACGCAGAUCACUGGCUCCAUUGCUCACAGCUGACUUAAGAGCUUGGAAGUGUUAUGAGGAUAGAAAUACACUUUCAUCAAAGACGUGUCGAUGGUUUCCCUGCUGUUAAUCUUCCGCCAGGAAACACUCUGAAGCUCUCUUUCUUCUGUGAUGCGUCACCAAGGCGACCUAGGGGGUUACGGCUGUGUGUAGUCCUAGUUCAUUCUUCAAUUGUUCGGUAGACAAGUGCGUGAAAUCGAUUUUUUGAGAUGAAAACAAUUGCUUGUGAAAGAGGCCGGUGUCAAGUGCAGAGAGCUUGAGGUGGGGAGAUUUGGGUUUUCAUGUUUGAAGGCUAGUGUAAUAACAAAGUGUUUUAACUCUUAUCUACUGAGUUCAUGAGCUAUAAAAGGGCUGGUAAGACAGGUUUAUCUGUCACUGUUUGACACCCUUUUGAAUUUAAGAAGGCUAUUAUUUUUUGCAACUUGCUAUCUGUGCUGUCCUUUGGGGGAGAUGUGUCUAUGAAUCAAACCCUUCUUGGAAGAGGUUCCCACUGGACCUGAUGUCUGACUGCCAUGGUGCUGAAAUGAUCGAUGUUGCAAUUUCCCCAUGAGCAUCUGCAUGAACCCUCUGGAACUUUGGUUUCAUUGGAGACCCACCAAAGAUACUGUUCAUCAGUGGCUCCGACAACGCAUUGCUGUAAAGAUCAGAACAAAGGGGUCCAUAUGGACACACACACACACACACACACACACACACACACACACACACACACACACACACACACACACACACACACACACACACACACACACACACACACACACACACACACACACACACACACCAGAGUGUGUCAGAAUGUAGCCGUGGCAUCGCAAUAAGCACGCCGUCUGUUCUGUCAGCGAGAAAACGGCAAGUUCACAGCACAGCGAGUUAGUUAAGCCUCACACUGGCUGCACUAUAGCAAUGCAGGACUCGAGCCCUGGGUUUUAUAAAGUGAAGCCAAAUGAAAGAAAUUCACUUACUCAUUCAGCUCCACACUCAAAUCCAUAACUCCCAGCACUGCUUUUGUGUCUGGCAGGGUGAUGGGGAGGAAGUGAGGGAGGUAUUCACACUUCGCUGCUUUUACACAGGAAAGUCCCAGAUGAAAAUCCCAAGACUGCGGGACAAUGCUUUUUUGAAUCACCAUAGCACUAGUGUUAUUGGACAGGAGAUUUCAAUAUGGCUGAGUCUCGGAGGGGUUUAUUGGUAGUGGGGAUGAGGAGAGGAGGGUGGCGAGUGUGGAGACACUCGUAGUGAAAGCCCCUGGCAAUCAGAGAGAUAGUUCAUGCAAACUUGAAAUGAAAAGUUAAAAAAACGAUACAUAUAUAAAUAUAUCUUCGUUAAGAUGUUUGUGUAUGAUAUUAAUAUAAUUGUGAAGAAAGUGUGACACAUAGAUCUGGAUUAAAUUAUUAUAAUGUACAAUUUAAAUCAUCCUCUUUUGGGGAUUUAUAUGAGUAGGCAUUUUGUACAGACUUUCCUUAUCAAUUCUUCAAGAGAGAGAUAAUGUAUUUCACAUUAGCAAAUUAUUUAUUCAUAAGCAGAACAUUUUUAUAUUGAUUUGAAAAUAUUUAUCUGUAUAGAAGACAGGACAGGUAUGUAAUAUACAGUGGAGCUCAUUUUUAAUUCUGGGAUAUUUUUAUUAGCACUAUUUUUAAUAGUUGUGUGAGUUUCCUCUUUUGUUGGCCUGCUGGCCCAUACUACUGGUAUGUUUAGGGAGAGGUUGCCCCUGAGCUGGUCCAGUACAAUGUCUGCUCCCAGGCCUCCACUAGCUAACACUCAUUUCGGGGUAAGGGGAGCUGUUCCUAGACCUGUUCUUAGGGGCGUGCCUUUUCUUUGGAACUUCUGUUGGUUUACUUAGUCCUCUUCUAGUCUCUGUCCUAGUCUUUGUAUUACAUAGCGCUCCCUAUACCUGACUGAUGUGUUCUUCACCCUUGGCUGAUUCCAGUGAUGUUAGAGAGAAGUCUGGUGCGAGUCAGCGAGAGAGACAGGUGGGGAUGAGAGACAACACUGUAAAGUGGGUGUUUACCUGAUGAUGCAACAUGACCUUGCUGCUCUGAUUGGUUGUAUUGAUCGACUAUGAAAGGACGGUUCACAAGAGAGGGGUUGGCUGUUCCUCCUGAAGGCAUCCCACAAAAAUGAAUAGCCCAUACUAGAUACCCCUCUACUGGUGGUAUGAUAGGAUAGUAUUACAUCAGUAUGGCCCAAAGUUAAUAACAGAGAAGGAUCUCAGCAUUGAAUAAGGCGUUUAGGUUUCAAUGACAAACCAAGAGCACAUAACACGGAUAGAUAUGGAGCAUUCGCUUUUUCUUCAUCAUCAUAAUCAUUCAUCUAUUGAGACAUGUUUGGUUCUGUUUUGAAUAAAUGAAAGAGACAUGUGUGUAUUAUUUGACCUGCUUUCUGUGGUGUUUACAGUACUGUAUGAGGUUCUGACAUGAGUGUGUGGAUGUUCCAAAAUCUUGGCAUCGAGAAGAUAACAAAACAAAACGAUAUGUAAAUAGACGGAGUAAUUCCUAGAAAGUGCAACAAAAUAUUAUGUCCAAAAUAAUGUUUUAUUAAUUCAACGAUGAUGGAUACCAAGGUAUAUUAUAAAACAAUGCAUGAAAUAUUGUCAACCAAUCUCACGGUGCAGUUGUUGUCCACGUGUUUUCUUAAAAAACAGAGCGAGAGAGAAAAAGAGGUGUACCACUUUCAAGGUUUACAACGGUAGAGAACCAGACCUUUUUACUUUGGAUCUUUCUGUGACACAGGCAUGUUCAGCCUUACUGUGAUCAGUGAUGCUACGGUGAUGAUGGCUGAGAGUGAGGCGUGUUCCCAACAAUCCGGAACGAUCCGGAACGCUUCAAAGCACCUUCACCAGAAAAACCCACCAAUUACGAUCUCCCACUUGUAGAGUAGUGUGACAUAAUGAACAACACAAAUAAAAAAAUAGGUCUAUAUAAAUAGAAAUACCUACUGAUACUGGACAUUCUCAUUUAUCAGUGUGGAUGCCAUGAUAUUCUGUGAGAAAUGUGAUUUUUUUUUCUUUCUGUGAGAAGACCGGCAGUUGAACCUGCUUCCUUUUGUACAUACUUGCUGUGGUUGUGUGUGUCUAAUAAAGUGCAGCUCUCUUGUA